AUGUCUUCCCCGGCCAAGAUGAUCCGCCGCAAGAAGAACGUGAAGAAGGGCAUCCAGUUCUGUCUGAUGGUCUGCGGAGCGUCUGGUACUGGCAGAACCACCUUCGUCAACACCCUCUGCGGAAAGACCGUCCUUGGCCACAGGGACUCGGACGACCCGACUGGUGCGCACGUCGAGGAUGGCGUCAAGAUCAAGCCCUACACUGUUGAGCUCGAGCUUGACGAGGAGGGAACCCGUAUCUCCUUGACCAUUGUAGACACUCCAGGUUUCGGUGACCAGGUCGACAACGAGGCCAGCUUCUCCGAGAUCGUUGGCUUCCUCGAGAGGCAAUAUGAUGACAUUCUGUCCGAGGAGUCGCGUAUCAAGCGUAACCCUCGGUUCAGAGACAACCGCGUUCAUGCCAUGCUCUACUUCAUUACACCCACCGGCCACGGUCUCCGCGAGUUGGACAUUGAGCUGAUGAAGCGUCUGGCUCCCCGCGUCAAUGUCAUCCCGGUCAUCGGACGCGCCGACUCCCUGACCCCUGCCGAGCUGGCCGAGUCCAAAAAGCUGGUGAUGGAGGAUAUCGAGCACUACCGCAUCCCCGUAUACAACUUCCCUUACGAUAUCGAAGAGGAUGACGAGGAUACCGUCGAGGAGAACGCCGAGCUCCGGGGUCUGAUGCCUUUCGCCAUUGUUGGUUCUGAGGAGACGGUCGAGAUUGGCGGUCGCAAGGUUCGCGCUCGCCAGUAUCCGUGGGGUGUCGUCGAGGUUGACAACCCUCGCCACUCCGACUUCCUCGCCAUCCGAUCGGCCCUGCUGCACAGCCAUCUGGCCGACUUGAAGGAGAUUACCCACGACUUCCUGUACGAGAACUACCGUACCGAGAAGCUGUCCAAGAGCGUGGAGGGUGGUGCUGGAGUCGAUUCUUCGAUGAAUCCCGAGGAUCUCGCUUCGCAGUCGGUGCGUCUCAAGGAGGAGCAGCUCCGCCGCGAGGAGGAGAAGCUGCGCGAGAUCGAGAUCAAGGUCCAGCGCGAAAUCAACGAGAAGCGCCAAGAACUCCUGGCUCGGGAGUCUCAGCUCCGCGAAAUCGAGGCACGCAUGCAGCGGGAGGCAGCCAACUCUGGGACACCGAUUCCCGAGGCCAACGGCGAGACGGAAGCUGCUUAAACAGGCCUGGAGUAAAUGUGGCACUUUUUCGGCGGGUACAAGCGCAUGCGUUUGUUGCAGAUUGCUGGCCACUUUUAUGACAAGAUUCGCCCCUUGUUUCUACGACUGCCACUUCGCAUGCGAACGUUUUGCCAAGCCGUGCCAUCAUGUCGAAUGAGAGCGUGGGUUUGUUGGUUGCCGAUGCACUGCGGCGCCAGCAGCUCUGGUCUCCACGGUCCGGAACGAAACUCAGUUUCUAUACGCGCGCGCACACAAAAAACCCCGGGCUUGCCCGUCCCUCCUGAUAAUGAUACCCUCCGUGCCUUCAGGAAAACAGUCAACAGGGGAAGUAAGGCAGAAGGGAGAAAGCUCGAGAGAAAAGAGGGGGCUUGUCGCAUUUCUUUUUCCAAUACGUCUUUUCCAAUUGUGGUGUCGGCCCAUCACUUGAUGGGCUGAUCGUUCUCUACAGACGUUUGGGUCAUUUUGUACCACUUUAUUUCCAGUAGAGGACUUCUAAUGCAGACAACCUAAAUUUAUUCCCAUAUUGAAUUAAGGAACCCAGUGGCCGGAGGCCUCAUCGAAUGAUGCGUCACAGCUGUCGUGUGUGUUCCUGUACUUGAAUGUAUACAAUUUUGGAUUGGUAAAAUCCCAUUUCGAUUGUGCUGAAGGAACAAUGUAAAAGCACUAAACAGAAGCCCUCCCAGAAACGCCCGAAGUCCCAACCAUUCCUCGACUGCAUACCAUUACAUACUCAACAAGAGAAGAGGGCCGCGUGAUACUACUGGGCUCCCACAAAGGAAAGGAAGCAUAGUGAAUACAUCAAUAGUGAAUACAUCAAUAGUGAAUACAUCAAGUCCACAGCGGGCUACCCGCCGUCUGUUGCUCGUCUGACAUACAAACGUUAAAGCUUGAAAACAAAAGCCCAGCCCUUUUUAUCCCUGCUCCUUGAACAGGAUAGACAUUCUCGCCUUGUUGAUCUUGUCCACUGUAACAGCCCGUCAGAAGAUAAACAACCCUUCUGUGUCUCUAGUUGUUCGACUGGCUGUUCAGUAUCCUCAGGAUAGCCAGGAACAGGUUGAUGAUAUCCAGGUACAAGCUGAUCGCAGCUGCGAUCUCCUCCUCGACGUGAUGCUUGCGCAGGACCAACUGCGUGUCCACCAGGAUAUACCCGCUAAAGAUCAGGGCAGCAAGGCCGCCGUAGAUGAGCUCGCCGGUGCUGCUGUAGGGGAAGAACAUGGCCAUGAAGCCAAACAGCAUGAGACCCCAGAGGCCGCCAAAGAGAUACGGCAUCCACGAGGUGAAGUCAUACUUGGUCUGGCAGGCAAAGGCGGUCAGGAAGAUGAAGAUGCCUCCAGUCAGGAUCACGGCGUUCAGGACGAUGGAGGUCUCGUAGAGGGAGACAACGACGGAGAUAGUGUAAGCCUCGAGGAGGGUGAAGCCGGAGAGGAAGAGGAGGUUGGUCGGGUAGGAGUGGCGCUUCCAGUAAGUGAGGAUCAUCAU